AUGAUUAUGUCGGCGAUGAAGAUGAACAAAUGGUACUUUGAAAACAAGAAGAUUCGUUACCUUUGGAGCGACCGAAGCCUUAAGUUUGAGAAAAUCUAUGGUUUGGAUAGAGAUAUCCUAUUCUCGGAUUUGACUGAACAUAAGGGACUCACAGAUGAACAACAGUUUCAAAGAACUAUUCUGUUUGGAGAGAAUAAGAUUGAAAUCAAAGUGCAGUCUUUGUUCGCAAUCCUAUACCAAGAAGUGUUGAGUCCUUUCUAUGUCUUCCAAUUGGCGGCAAUCAUAUUGUGGUGUUUGGAUGAGUACUACUAUUACGGAAGUUUCAUUCUUGCGAUGUCUUUGGGAUCCCUUAUGUCGAGUACAUUUCAAAUCCGUAGAAAUCAGAUAAAACUUCGCCAAACAGUGGGCGGAGCGGCUAUGAUUGAGGUCUGCAAAGGAGGAGACAAUUAUCAAACACAAGUGUCCAACCAUUUAGCGCCUGGAGAUAUCAUAGUAUUGCCAUCAAGUGGUUUUGAGAUGGUUUGCGAUGUCGUACUCCUUAGCGGUAACGCCAUUGUCGACGAAAGUAUGUUAACAGGAGAGAGUGUUCCGGUCAUGAAGUCUGCUCUUCCGGCCGGUCAUACGGACUUCAAUCGCAAGCAUCACUUCAAACACAUUAUAUUCAGCGGCACUAAAGUAAUCCAAACUCGAUAUUACGGACACGAAAAAGUCAAAGCAGUUGUCAUUCGCACCAGUUUUCAGACGGCGAAGGGAGAGCUCGUCCGGUCCAUCCUUUUCCCAAAACCUGUGGACUUUAAAUUCAAUCGACACAUCAUUCAGUUCAUUAUGAUUAUGCUUUGUAUAGCCAUCAGUGGUUUUAUCUAUACAUUUGUCAUCAAAAUCCAAAGGGGAGACUCCAUCGGAGAUAUCAUUAUCAAAGCUCUCGACUUAAUUACUAUAGCCGUUCCGCCCGAACUACCGGCCUCUCUGACAAUCGCCAGUAUUUUUGUGGACAAUAGGUUGAGAGCGAAGCAAAUUUACUGUAUGUCUCCCAAAUCCAUUAAUAUGGCCGGUUGUGUGGACUGUAUUUGUUUCGACAAAACCGGAACACUUACAGAGGAUGAGCUUAGUUUAGCCGAAGUUUUGCCCACAGAUCUCAAGAGCAAACACUUCGCUGAACCCAUUAUUAGUAUUGAUGAACAAGAGGUAUCUCCUCUAUUGAUCUGUUUGGCCAGUUGUCACUCAUUGACAAUAUUGGACUCCAAUAUAAUCGGCGAUCCGUUGGAUAUAAAAAUGUUUGAAUCGACAAAAUGGGUGUUAGAAGAGCCGGAAGUGAAAGACUCGAAUAAAUAUGAUUUAUUGGCGCCGACUAUAGUGAAACCGGCAAAUGUGUCGGGUAUAGAGGGACCACAGGUGGGCAUUUUGCGACAGUUCCCCUUUUCAUCCAAUUUAAGCCGAAUGUCUGUUAUAACCAGACUAUUAGGAGGGGACUCAUUCGAGCUCUACGUUAAGGGCGCACCGGAAGUAAUCGCAACGCUUUGUGAUGUGAAUUCAAUUCCCAAAGAUUUUGACCGAAAGUUGAAUGAAUACACAGAGAAGAGCUAUAGAGUGCUGGCUGUGGCCUAUCGACCACUUCUUAACAUGAAUUACAAGUCCGUCCAAAGGGCAGAACGAGAAGAGUUGGAAACUGAUCUCAUUUUCUUGGGAUUAGUUGUUAUGAAAAAUAAUCUGAAGGAUAAGACCGUUGAAACUAUCGAUGACUUAAAAAACGCUAACAUAAGGACUCUUAUGGCGACCGGAGAUAACUUAAUGACAGCUCUGAGUGUGGCUCAAGAGUGCCAUUUGAUUGGCAAAAAUGAUUCAAUCAUUUUAAUCGAUAGCUAUACAGACAGCGAGGGAAUGCCUAAACUGGAGGCCAAAUACCGAGAAACUAUUCGUGAUUUUAAUGAAUCUCCAAAAGAAAAAUCAAAAAAUUUUGUGAAUUUAGAUAUGGAUAAGAGAUCGCAUUUGGCUGUAACCGGAAGUACAUUCAAAAUAAUUCAAGACUACUAUUCAUACCUUGUGCCGAAACUAAUAGUUUGCGGGACAGUAUUCGCGCGAAUGUCACCCGAAAACAAACAACAACUCAUAGAAUUGCUGCAGAAAUAUGGAUACAUCGUCUCAAUGACAGGUGACGGCGCUAAUGAUGUGGGAGCUAUGAAAGCAUCCAAUUGUGGCGUAAGUUUGGCCGAAACGGAGGCGUCGGUGGCCUCUCCUUUCACGUCAAAGACCCCAAACAUCUCUUGUGUCCCUAUUUUGCUUCGGGAGGGCAGGGCUUCGUUGGUGUCGGUGUUCGGAGUCAUUAAAUAUAUGGCCUGUUAUAACAUCACUGCUUUUAUUGCUGUACUCAUCCUAUAUUCGUUUAAGUCAAACAUAACGGAUAUCGAAAAUCUAUAUCAAGAUAUGUUCGUUGUAUCGCUUUACGUGAUUUUAUUCGGUCGAACGGAUGCCUAUCACAAGUUGUCACCCUUUAAGCCGCCGACAUCUCUCAUCAGUUUGACUCAAUUGUCAUCAAUCUUAUCGCAUAUACUACUUGUGCUGAUCUUCCAAAUGGCAGCCGUUGUCCUCCUUUGGGAACAGAGUUGGUAUAAACCACACCAUCCAGACGAGGAACUCGACUACAAGUCUCACGACAAUUAUGCCGUCUUCACGAUCCAAGUCUUCCAAUACAUUACUCUCGCAGUUGUCUUCUCGAAGGGAAGUCCUUAUAGGAAACGAUUCUAUACUAACAUACUAUUCCUGAUCUCCCUUAUUGUGACCACUAUUAUAACCCUCUGGAUCUGUAUAGCACCGGACAGGCCUCCCAAUGGGAUCGAAAAAGUUUUUGAAAUUGAAACGGAAGGCUUUACAUAUGAAUUCCGUAUGAUUUUAAUCGGUCUCUGUUUCUGUCACUUGAUUUUAGCUCUAAUUCUUGAGGAGUAUAUAAUUGGGAAACUAAUCGCAGAGAAAUUGGUUGGACUCACCAAGGAAACCAAAUAUAUGAAAAUACAAAAGCAAUGCCUGGACACCGAUUGGAUCAGUUUGAAGUGA